AUGACUCUCUUCAACGCCACAAAAAAUUUAUUUAUUGACUACUUUUUAAAAACGCAAAAAAUGUUGGAGGAAGUGAUACCAAGAGUAAGCCGGAAAUCUGCUGAGCAUAAAGUGCCUGUACAUCUAUAUAGCACCAGAGCUGCAGCUAGACCUAAAGCAAAUGUCGAUCAACAUUCUUUCACGCACAAGAAGUCUAAUAAUAGAGCUCCCGCAAGAAAAAGAAAAUCGAGCGAACUGGCUGGGUCUGGACCUAAUAAAAAGCCAAAAAUUAAUGAAAAAGCUGAUAAAAAAAGAUAUCUACGGGUAGAGAUAAUAAGAGGCAGAAGGGGAAAUAUACAAAAAGGUGUAAACCAAGAUAAUCAGCAACCUUCACCGCAAAGUAGUAGUUCAAAUGAUCAAGUUGAAAAAGAUCCCACUGUUAUAGGCAAAGGGUCAGAUAGGCUAGGUGGUGACUCUCAGCAAGAUUCUGGGGAAGCAAGUGUAGAUCAACGGUUUGCUGUAAGAAAAAGAAAGUCGAAUAAACAAGAUGAGGCUCCUGCUAAAGAAAAAGUAAAGCUAGGGGAUAUUAUCGAUAUUGUAAAAAGUAGGUGCGAGUCGUUAAAGAGGGAUGAAGUUAUAUCCGUAGAACAACAUGAAUGCGGGAUGAGUUCUAAUAAAUCACUGACAUUUACUCUUACAUCAGGCGAUUCUCCAAAGUUUCGCGUUGAUUAUCGAGAAAAUCAAAAGUUCAAAUUUUCUUGCGUGAAUAGUUAUGAUGGUACAGCGGGACUAAAAAAUAUUAAAAAAGAGCUAGAAGACGUUGAUAUUUUGUCUCACAAAAUUGCACCAUUCCUCAAACAAACUGAUAGAGAUGGAGUAAAAAUUGGAAAUGCAGCUCAGCAACUUUCGCCACAAAGUAGUAGUUCAAUGGAUCGAGUUGAAGAAGAUUUUUCUGUUAUGUUAGAUGGGCUAAGUGAUGAUUUUCCACAACAUCUUGAACCAGAUGCGGCAAACAAUGAAACUUACUUAGAAGGGAAUUUAGAUGAUGAAGUGGACUGUAUAGAUUUUGAUGAUGAAGGAUUUGCUUGUGAUGAAGAGGUGAAGAAUUCACAAAUUAUUAAGUUAAAACCUGAGUGUCAAGCGGGAUUAGAUGAUUUUUAUCAAAAGGAAUUCAUGAGAGGUACGGCUCCUCAUUCUGGAAGCUCAGAUCAAAUCUGUGCAAAAAGUGCUAAUUCUAAUCUUGAAGAUAGUAGUAAUCCAACUAAUGAGGAAAAUUACAGGGUUAAAUCACAAAGUACAGUAGGCGAUGGCAAUUGUUUUUUUCACGCUGUGUUUGGCACUCUUUGUGAAGGCAAAUAUAAAGCUGAAAAAGCACAGGAGAUGAGAGAAGAAUGGUGCAAAUUUUUGAGUCAAUUUAAAUCUCUUGAAGAUAAAGAAAAUUCUAUGCCACAGAGUCUCAAAGAGAGAUUAAAACAAAUUUUUAGAAAUUUUAUAGAUAAUCCGUCAGAUUUAAUUGGUAAAGAAGAGGAACUUGGAUUGCUAAUUAAAGAAUGUAAUACUGUUGACAAAAAUCAACUGUACGAACAAAUAAAAGGAAGUGAAAAAUUGUAUGAGUUGUAUCUUUCUGCUAUUAUGAGGCAAGAUUAUUAUGUCUUUAUUGAAGAGAUUCCUAUUUUGGCUUCUUUAGCAGAUAUUAAAAUUGACCUGUGUGGAUUUGGUACAAUUGAGCCGAAUAAGGACCUACUGAAACAUUUUAUUGAACAAUCAUCUUCAUCACUCAAAAGUAUUGAAAACUCUCCAACGCGCAAAAGAAAUCGUAUAAGUCCAGGAAGUCCAGGUAAGGAGAAUCGCCUUAAUAGGGUAAGAUUUUGUGAAUCUGAUUCUGGAGUUAGCUUAUUACCUUCUGUAGUCUUUACACCACACAAGAGAAGUGAUAGUAUUGAAUCUGAUCAACAAGCUUUUACAACUUCUACACCAAAAGAAAAUGAAGAUUUAGGAUAUGAUGGCAGUUUACGUGAUGGAUCUGGUAAAAAAUUUCGUAAGCCAAAUCAUCCUAAAAAAAAGAAAUCAGCGAGACGGAAAUUAAUAGAAGAUGAUGAAUUUAAUUGCUCUGAACAAAAUUCUAUGGAGCAAGACCUUGCCGAGGACGAUGCGAUUAGUCAAGAACAGGCUGUAAAGCAAUGGUCUAUAUGUAGCCCCCAAGAAUUAGAGGAUUUUUUUGGGAGUUGUAAAUCUGGAGGUAAAAUUGCGAUUUAUAAAGAUAAUAAGGUUUCUUUAUCUUGUAACAAAGAUGAAGUUUAUUAUAUAGAUGAAAAAUUCAAGCAAAAUGCGCUCAAAGAAAUUAAUGGACUUUUAUCUUCAGGUAAAGUUAAAAAAGUAAUAGUCUAUGAUAUUAAAGAGGUCAUAAAAACCUUUCCUGCGAUAGAGAGCGUGCUAGACUCAGUUGAUGAUCUAAAGGUGAUGUCAUAUAGUCUUAACACGAGGAAGAAUAAAUGCGGUCUUCAAGACAUAGUUGAACGUAAUUUUAACAGAAUUGAAGAAACUUUCUCGGCAGGAACUUUAAUAAAGAUUCACAAUGAACUAGAACCUAGGUUAGAUAAGCAGUCAGAAACACUUCGUAAAAUUUAUGAUGAAUUAGAUAAGCCUCUUACGGAAGUGAUAAUCAAUAUGGAAAAAAAAGGAGUAAAAGUAGAUGCACAAAAACUGCAGGGGGUAUCUGAGAGAUUGAAAAAUCAGAUAGAAACGCUUGAAAAAGAAAUAUAUAAAUUAGCAGGUGUAAAAUUUAAAAUUGGGUCACCAGAAAAACUAAAGGGUGUUUUAUUUAAUAGAAUGAAACUUCUUUAUAGGACUGGACUUAAUGGUUUGUGGUACCGUGAAACUGAUUCCAGAACUCUAAGGGAAUGCGAAAGAAGAGGAACAGAGAUUGCAGGUAAAGUUUUAAGUUGGCGGUCUCUAAGUAAAUUAAAGAGUAAUAUUGAUGGCAUAUGUAAGGCAUGUUCUAGUGGCAGAAUACAUGCAAAUUUUUCAACAACUGGAACUACAAUUGGAAGGCUUAGCUCAAGUAAUCCCAAUUUACAAAAUAUCCCCAUCAGAGAUAAGGAGGCAAAUCUUGUCAGACAAGCAUUUAUUGCAGAAGAGGGGCAUAAGCUAAUUUCAGCUGAUUACUUGCAAAUGGAAUUGAGAAUUCUUGCAGAAAUCGCAAAUGUUGAAAAGCUUAAAGAAGCUUUUAAGGAAGGAAAAGAUAUUCAUGAAACCACUGCAAGAAAAAUUUUUAACAUAUCAGAGAAUGAAGAGGUAAAAGAUGAAGACAGGCAAAAAGCAAAAACUAUCAAUUUUGGAAUUAUAUAUGGUAUGAGUGCACAUAGCCUUGCAAUAAAACUUGGAAUUACCACUCAGGAAGCUGAUGAAUACAUGAAAAGUUUCUUUUCCUCUUAUCCAGAAAUAAAGACCUAUAUGAGAGAAGCAGUAAUUGACGCAAGGGCAUAUGGGUACGUAGAAACUAAGUCUGGCAGGAGAUUAAAUACAGAAUACAUAAAUAGCAAAAUUAUUCCUCUCAAAGAACAUGUAAGAAGGUUUGCAGUAAAUGCACGAAUUCAAGGAACUGGUGCUGAUAUAAUGAGACUUGCAAUGGUAAAGCUUUCUAAAGAGUUAAAAGAAAAGGAAUUAGGUGAAUUAAUUCUCACAAUUCAUGACGAAUUGAUUGUAGAAGCUAAAGAUGAAAAUGUGGAUGAAGUAAAAAAGCUUAUGCAAAAGGUAAUGGAGAAGACAGCACAAGAUGUAUUAGGAGCUCCUACAUCAGUAAAAACAAAGGUUGGAAACGACUUAAAUUUUGGAAGAAAAUAUCAGCCAAUGGAAAAUGUUUCUUCGACAAAGGAUCAACUAAUGGAAACUGAUUUUCGUGAGGAAGGUCUGAUGGAAGAAGAUGAAUCUCAUGAAGAAGAAAUUGGCGAUUUGAUAAACUAUGAUUUGGAGGAUGAAAAAUAUCGUAACAGUUUUUUUGACAUUACAGGAAUCGCGUACCAAGUGGAAGUUUCGAUAUUAUGCGCUCAUCGUGCGUUUAAGGUGCAUAAAAGGACAUAUAAAGAUAUCAAGAUAUCGACUGAAGAAAGUCAAGAUUUGGUUGGUAAAUUUGAUGAUUUAACUAUCCGUUAUAAAAAUAAAGGAGGUGAAAGUAAAACUAUUAAUGUACAGAUCAAACGUAUAGAUCAAGAAGAAGGGUAUAAUGAUAUUAAUUGUAGUGCGUUAUUUCCUAAGGGAGAAGAAAAAGAGAAAGGGAUGUUUGCGAUUGUUAAGUACUUUCAUUCUUUUCUUAAACAAGAUGUCGAAGAAAGGAAUAAAGUAGAAUACAAUGUUAUUUAUACUAAUUCAGAUUUUGCUACCAAGGAUGGAAGGAAAUUAAAGAGUUGGUUUUCAGAGCAUUCUGGUAUUGAAGUUGAUCAGAUAAAUAUUAAGGAGGAAGAAAAGUAUGGAAUCUUAAAAGAUCUUUUGUGCGCGGACGAAAAGAAGCGUGGUCUAUAUAAAUUUUCGCAAGAAGCAAGAGAAAAAGUUUCACAGUUACUAGAGCCUCUUUCGCUAAGAACAAAAAGAGAAGUUUUUCGAGAAUUAAGGCAUCUUUCACUAGAAAGAAAAGGCAAGAUUAAGAGGCUAUUAGAGUCUCCUUCAAAAAACACAAAAAGAGAAGUUAAAAAGCUAUUAGAGCCUCUUGAGAAAAGAACAAAAGCAAAAAUUUUAAGGCUAUUAAAACCUCUGUUUGAUGUAGCAGAAAAUUAUGAAAAGCUAAAAGGACUGAAAGAAGAAUUUCUGGAUAAAUUGGUAUUUGCGGUUAAUCAACCCAGUAGGCAAGAACUUAAGCAGACUAUUGAAAAAGAUUCAGGUGAUUAUUGCAACAAGCUUCGAGAAAAAAUGUUUGAUUGGUUAGAACAAUCUGGGAAUCAAGAGAGAACCUGUAUUACAAAGGAAGUUUAUUCUGAGUGGUGUGGUGAACAAAAUAGAAGAUCUACAAACAUAGAUGGAACUUCGGAACAAAAUAUAGAAAAGUAUACAAAAUCUCAAUGGGUAGCAGCUAUGGUACCUAGAGUUAGGUAUAAUUUAGAAUUGUUUACUUUCUACAUUCACAGGGCAUUUUCAGUACAUAAAGAGGAUUACAAGAUAAAGAUUAGAGAACUUAGGGCUAGUGAGAAUAAUUACGUUUGCUUUGAUAAUAACGACAAAUGUAGUUGCAUAUAUUCUAAAAACAAAGAUAUAAGGGAAGGUAGUAAGAAAGGGAUAUUUACUUCUAUUAAUGAUCACUUUAAUUUUUUUUUAAAGCUGCAUAAGAAGGGGAAAAAAGUAGAACAUUUUGUUGUUUCUGUUGUAGGCCUUGACCUGCAGGAACUUGAUUUUGUAGGAGAAACAGAGAAGAUUACUCAUUCUCGGCAAAAAGGAGGUUUUUUACAAGAUUUUCUUUGUAAGAAUGGUAGAUUUUAUCAAUAUUCGGAGAAAAUAAGGAAAGAAUUCUUAAAUAAAUUAGAGCCUAUGAAUAAAAAAGAAAAGUACAAAGCAAAAGAUCUUAAAAACCUAAAAGAAGAAUUUUUGGAAAAACUAGUAUUUGCAGUUAAGCAACUCGAAAGAAAAGAACUGGAAAGCAGUAUAAAAGCUGAAGCUAAAGAUGAUUACAACAAUUAUAGAGAAGUAGCAUUACGUUGGUUAGAAAGUGAGAAGGGGAUGAGUAUUGAUGAAGGAAGAGUGAAAAAGUACUUAGACAACAUAAAAGAAGGAGAAACUACAAAAUUUACUUAUGGAGUAACUGGAAGAAAUAAGGAGCUUAUAAGUUCAAUAGAUUCAUUUGCUCGAGGUAUAGUUGGUAGAAAAGAAGCACGUCGCUUUAGAGAGCUUAAGGUAUUUUUAUGUGGCAAAGGAGUUGAUAAGUUUGAAAUUUUAGAGAAAAAACGCACUCAGAGUUACGUAUCAAGUAUGUUAUUAGGGGUAGGAGAAGAUGCUGUUAGUGCUUUUAACAAAUUGUAUGAUAAGUUAUUUGAUAAAAAAGGAAAAGAAAGCGAAUUUCUAAAAAGCUUUACGAGUGGUGGUAUUACACUUGGUAAUGUAUCUUCUAUGUUAAAUGGAGCAGGAUCAGACGCUCCUCAGGCUUUAGAAUCACUGAUUAAUAUACUUACUGGCAAGACAAUUAAUGGAAAAACUUAUUUAGAGUUUUUAAAAGACAAGGGCAUAAAUGUGUCUUCUAUGUUAAAUGGAGCAGGAUCAGACGCUCCUCAGGAUUUAGAAUUACUGAUUGAAAUACUUACUGACAAGACAAUUAAUGGAAAAACUUAUUUAGAGUUUUUAAAAGACAAGGGCAUAAUCAGUAAUGUAUCUUCUAUGUUACACGGAGCAGGAUCAAACGCUCCUGAGGCUUUAGAGGUACUGAUCAAAACACUUAAUAAAAAAAUAGAGAUUAACGGAAAAAAAACAACUUACUUACAGUUUUUAAAAAGCAAGGGCAUAAUCAGUAAUGUAUCUUCUAUGUUAAGUGGAGCAGGAUCAGACGCUCCUCAGGCUUUAGAAUCACUGAUUGAAAUACUUACUGACAAGACAAUUAAUGGAAAAACUUAUUUAGAGUUUUUAAAAGACAAGGGCAUAAUCAGUAAUGUAUCUUCUAUGUUAAGUGGAGCAGGAUCAAACGCUCCUCAGGCUUUAGAGAAAUUGGUUACUCUACUGAAUUCCAAUUUACCUGGACAACAAACAACUUAUUUAGAGUUUUUAAAAGACAAAGACAUAAAUGUAUCUUCUAUGUUAAGUGGAGCAGGAUCAAACGCUCCUCAGGCUUUAGAGAAAUUGGUUACUACACUUACUAAAGAAAGAAACAUUAACGGAGGAAAAACAACUUAUUUAGAGUUUUUAAAAGACAAGGGGAUAGUCAGUAAUGUAUCUUCUAUGUUAAGUGGAGCAUGA